AUGCCCGACAAGCGCAAGGGCGACCACUUGCCCCCCUCCCCCAAACGUGCCAAAAUGUCUUAUGAUGACCAUGAGGACGAGGGCCAGUAUUCGCCCUCACACCAGGAGCGCCCCCGCAACAAUCCCACGUAUGGCCAGAAGAACGCAUUCCCGGGCUUGGAUGACAGAGAUGAUGGAGGUGACGAACUGUUUUACGGGCCCGCAGAGGAUGGAUUAGAAUAUCUGCGCAUGGUUCGAUCCGAAGCCAACUCUCUCCCAUCGCUAUUCUUCAAGCCUAAAACCGUAAAUACCCCCGAGCCAACAUCAGAUGAACAGCAACAUGCAAAGACUGCCGGAAAAUCUAAGUCAUUCCCGAGAGGCUUCUAUGCGGAUGAGGCUUACAUUGCCCCCGUGGAGGACAUGAAGCCAAGUGCGGCCGCAAACAUUGAUCAACACUACCCCGAUGCGCAAAAUUCCUACUACAUUCUUCUUCGACACCGAUUCUUGCUCUUGCGAUCGACCCUUCGAUGCAGCCCACCUGCCGAGGCUAUCAGCGCCCUCGACCAUGCCCACCCUAUCAGCCUCCCACGAAAUGCUUGGUCGGCGCAUAAGGAGUGGCGCCGUCUGUUACUUGCGGUCGAUCCAAACAUGGUGCAGCUGGCGUGUAUGGACUCGGAUAGCGUGUUGGAAGUGCUGGAAUUAGUAGCGCGGAUGAUGUCCGACGUUGUACGAAGUGAAGACACUGAACGCCUACGACGCAUCGGGGCCUGGGCUUGGGGCUUACUGGGAAAGUGUCGCGAGGUUGGAGAGUUAUCCACAGAGCAUGUUGGUACCAUUCGGAACCUAGGAAAGCGCGCCGCGACAAUCAUGCGAAAGAUACAAGAGACGGAGAAAAACCGAUUUCAGGAUGAAGAAGAUUCUGAAUUGCCAGAGUCAGAUCUAGAGGACACACCCCAGCUGAAAAUGCAAGACCAGUAUGCUGAUGAGCGCAAGGAGGAUGAAUUGCCUGUUAACGCGGAAGUACAAGACCUUAGCACGAUUGAUGCUUCAGAGCAGUCUCAGUUGGAGGCUGCCAAGGCGCGCCUGCAAGCUCAAAUACAGGACAGUGCCGGCAUCAGUAAAUCUACUGAAUCAUUCAACGAGGACUUGUUGACACGGACUCGCUCUUUGCUCGACAUGGUGAUUACCGUGGUUGGUGAGCACUAUGGCCAACGGGAUCUGUUGGACGCACGCGAGAUCUGGACUUAG